UAACAUAGCAUUUGCCUUAAACCACUGCUGAAAAUUCUAAGCCAUUUUGAGACACGCCGACCUUUCACACUGUCCAUAACAAAAGGGAUCCGUUUUCAUUCAGGAAUUUCAUCAAACACAUGAGAAGCUGUCUUCAAAUCCAACACUUAUAAUCACACGUGUCAACAACCCACCUCCCUCUUACCGCCACCAUAACCACCAUCUCUUCCUCUCUCCACAACUUCUCUCAACCCCAAAAUUCACACACAUUCAAAAUCCUAAACCAUGCACCGUUUCAAACUCUCCCUCCAAUUCCCAAAACCCAUCUCCUACAGUUCCUACACUACCCUCCAUCGAACAACCUCUAGAAACUUAUCUUCUCUCCACACCCACCUCCACAAUGUCCGCCCCAUGGCUUCCCUCCUCGAUUCCCGAGCCGUGGUUCGGUUCCGAGGCCCCGACACCCUGAAAUUCCUUCAGGGUCUGCUGACAAACGAUGUACGGAAGUUCGGUGAACCCGUGGGUGAUGCGAAUUUGACUCUGCCUACGCCGAACUUGCCCUCUGUUUCGAUUCCUCCUAUGUACGCCGCAAUGUGUUCGCCUCAGGGAAGGUUUCUGUAUGAUUUUUUCAUAUACGGGCCGACCCGGUUUUAUGGGAAGCUUGAUGUAUCUGGUAGUAGACCCGGACCUGACCCAGAUGAACUGGAGCUUUAUGCCGAUGUUGAUGCCUCUGUAUUGGAUGAGCUUUUGGAGACCAUGAAAAAAUACAGGUUGAGGUCCAAGGUUGAUAUUGAGAAUAUGGCAGAGGCUUUCUCUUGUUGGCAACGGUAUGGCACAAACCUAACCGAGAAGUCCUCAUCAGCAGAAGAACCAGAGGCUGCUACUGUUGGCUGGGGAGGUGCUGUUGAUCAGUCUGGCAUGUCAGCUUCACGAGGAAAUAGUCUUGGAUGGCAAUGGCAUAAGGAUCCAAGAUUGGAUUGUCUUGGAUUCCGGGGGAUUUUUCCAUCCAAUACAAUACCACCUUUGGUUGAGGCUGACAAGGAAACUGGUGAAAAAAAUUAUCUUCUAUGGAGAUUAGAGAAAGGGGUUGCAGAAGGCUCAACGGAGAUCCCAAAAGGUGAGGCAAUGCCACUUGAAUACAAUCUUGCGGGUCUAAAUGCUAUAAGCUUCGACAAAGGCUGUUACGUGGGCCAAGAACUCAUUGCUCGAACACAUCACAGGGGGGUAAUUCGAAAACGUCUGCUUCCUCUGAAAUUUGUUGAUGAUUGUGGAAAAGAAGUCGAGCAGAAAGUUGCUCCUAGGUCGGAAGUAAUUGAUGCUUCAUCAAGAAAGAAGGUUGGGAGCGUGACUACGGCCCUUGGAUGCCGUGGUCUGGGCCUUCUAAGGUUGGAGGAAGCCUUUAAAGGGUCGGGCACGGGCACAUUGGCCAUACAAGGACAGGAAGAUGUAAAAGUUCUGGCCAUUAGACCAGCAUGGUGGCCUUCUGAGUGGUUUGUAGAUCAUCAACAAAGUGUUGCUGCUUAGAAUGUUAAUUUACAUGGCCUUUGUGCUUCCAAAAAGUUAAAAACUUGAGAGCUUGCCUUCAUAAAAUGAAAAUAAGAGGAAAAUAGCUGUAGCAGUUCCCAGAGAGAGUAUUAAAAGGCAUGUAAGCAAUUUUGAGAUCAUUUGAUUAAUAAUCAUAGAUUGGUGCGCUGAUAUUCCAAUGAACUGCAUAAUUUUAUUGCUACUGAGAAAUGGAUGAAGAUUGGCCAAUGAAGUUCAA